CAACUUUUGAUUAUUUAGGAGUAGAAGACACAAUAAAGCUUUCUUCUCUCUCUCCUCAAGUGGUUCGGUUACUCUUUCAUUUGAGAUAUCUCCUGUCUUUGUCACUUUGGUCUUUGUCUCUCUCAUCUUUCAAUUUUGCUUACUUAAAGUUUCAACCUUUUUGUUUCCUUUUCUUUUUUUUUUUCCUCAGUCACACUCUCUGAGUGUAGCUUCAGUGGACUGUUUAGCAGAUAAUGCUAGUAAGGACUUGAUCUGUAGUUUCAUACAACUGUUUGAUCUGGUGGAGACUUUGGUAGUUCUAAGUGUUUCCAUCUCCUGUCUGUCUCUCUAGGUUAUGAUUCUCUUGAGAUCUCUCUAGAUUCAUACAUUCCUGGUCUGAUUCGUUAGAAAGGGUUAGAGUUCGUUGUGUCGGAAGAAGAACACCACUAUCAUCCCCUUUUGUGUUCAUGCAAAGAAUCUUUUUUUUAGAUCUAUAAAGACACACUCUCCUCCAAGUGUUUGAGGAAAUGAAUUUCUUUAAAGUCCGAAACUUUCUCAAGUCAAAGAAGCCAAACCUAGAGAAAGAGGAGCAAGAGCAGGCAAGGAGUGAGAACACAGUACCUGUAGCGACAGAUUUGAGGAAAGCAGAUGAGAUCGAAGACGACGAGGACGAUGAUUUCAUCACCAAUGAGGUUAAGAGAAGACUAAAGGAGUUGAGGAGAAACAGUUUCAUGGUCUUGAUACCUGAAGAAGAUGAAGAAGAGGAAGACAAGGAGUCUUAUCUAGGCGAAGAUGAAGGAGGGGAAGACAAGUGUUCAAGUGAGUGGAGAGAUGUUGUCGCUGAAGGACUUCAAUGGUGGGGUGGUUUUGAUGCUGUCUAUGAAAAGUAUUGUGAGCGUAUGCUCUUCUUUGAUCGCUUAACCUCUCAACAGCUUAAAGAAACUGGUAUUGGAGUUACUUCAUGUCCUUCAACACCAUCACCAAGAUCUGCAACUAAGAAGCUUCCAUCGCCUUUUCGAUGUCUUUCUUUGAAAAAGUUUGAUGUUCCAGAGGAAGAUUUAGAGCAUUUGCAGCAGACAGGGAUCGAUCCUUGUCAAGAUCUUGAGACAGCCUAUGUUGCUCAGCUCUGCCUCACUUGGGAAGCACUUCACUGUCAAUACACUCAGCUUAGCCACUUAAUCUCAAGCCAACCGGAGACCUUGACUUGCUACAACCACACCGCUCAACAGUUUCAGCAGUUCUUGGUGUUGCUGCAGAGGUACAUAGAGAAUGAACCGUUUGAGCAGGGGUCGAGAUCUGAGCUCUAUGCUCGUGCUAGAAACGCAAUGCCUAAGCUACUUCAAGCUCCCAAGAUUCAAGGGACAGAUGAAAAGGAGAUGGAGAAAGUUACAGAAGACUUCAUGGUCCUAGCUGAGGAUCUCAUCAAGAUCCUUGAGAGCUCAAUCCUUACUUUCAAUGUUUUCUUGAAGAUGGAUAAGAAGAAACCAAAUGGGGUUACUAACUUGUUUGGGAACCACAAUAUGAAUUCUACAACCCCUUUGCAACUAGUUCAGUCAUCUAUUGAGAAGAAAAGGGUGAAAGCGAAGGAGCUUUCCAAGAAGACAAAAGGGCUGAGAAAGAAGGCUUGGCCUCAAACAUGGGAAGGUGUGCAGCUCUUGUGUGCAGCCAUUGACAUCAAACUAGCAACAAGGGUUCUCAGAAUGUCGAAAAUCAGUAAAGAGCAGCUACUAUGGUGUGAAGAGAAGAUGAAGAAACUCAACUUUGCUGGUGGGAAGCUUCAAAGACACCCAUCUCCCAUUCUUUUCCCCUGUUGAUGAAUGAUGUUGAGACAAACUAAUGAAGUGAUUCUGUGUUCUAUUUGCUUAAUAAUCUUUGCAUUUAAGAUUCCAAAUCCAAGAAGAGUUUUGCUUUAUGGGCAAUUAGAUUUAGUAUCAAGGGACCAUUUUCUCCAUGUGUUGUCGUUUGGAUGUAAGCACAUAUGAAAGAAUCCAAUGUUUGUCUUGUUGAUGGGAGGCUAGAUCUUAUGAUUGUGAUGGACAAAUCUUAUUCUUCUUCCAUCACUUUCAUUGCUUUUGGACAGUCUUUGAUGUAUCAUUAAAG